AUGCUUCACAACCACAUUGGUAUCGAUAGUGGUUCUUGGCUCUGUCGUAUUCACUCUUAUUCCGUCCAAAUUAUUCCUUACGUAAACUGUGACCUUGUCAAAGAUUAUAUGCUUCCAAUUGCUGAACGUCUGAAACGUUUAUCUGAAAAAGCAUACAAAGACGAAGAACACAUGCGAACACAUCCUGAUGACGCAGAUGAAGGCACAGUUGCUGAAGAUAACGCACUUCUCGUACGUGACGUUUACGCAUAUUUUCCAAUUUUAAUGAAAUAUACUGAUAUGCAUCGAGCUCAGUGGUUAAAAACACCAACGUGGGAGACAGAUGGUAUUUACGAGAAUAUCGCUGUUAUAUUUAAAAUUUGGUCUUUGUCGCAGCAUUUUAAACGGGAAGAGCUAAACUUUAUGGCUCAGUACGAGGAUGAAUCUGUGGCAGGUGGGGCAGGCGAAGUAAAAACUGGUAAAGCUGCAAUUGCUGAACGCAAGAAGAAACGACGAGAAGGGCAGGCGCGCAAAGAUAAGCAUGCAAAUUCAAUCGUAAUAGCGUGUUUGAAACGUCUAUUGCCUGUGGGGUUAAAUGUAUUUGGAGGUCGUGAAUUAGACAUUGUGCAGCAUGCCAAAGAAAAGUUUCUAGCAAAGGAGCCUGAAGAUAAAAUACGGGAAUUUGUGCGCUCCUUGCUUGAUAUUCCAGCGAAGACAGAUCCUACGGAUAAAAAUGCAUGGCAGUUAAACCUCUACCGUAAAAUUGGCAAGUCACAAAUGCGUGGCAAAGAUAUGAUGACCCAAGAUGGAGUGGUAGAAAAAAUUACGAAUAUGGGUCAAGUAGUAGCUAUUCUUCAUGUGGUAUUUAUAAAUUACUGCAUUCCUGAAUUGUGA